AUGCAGAGCUUGCAGGCUUUCCGCAGUUCAGUAAAGUCCUCUACACACAACGUGUUAGAGUAUGGUAACGCCAUGCUGAAGAACUGGAUAGGGUUCACAGAGAAAGAUGUUGACUCCUUUAUCCUGGAUUUGAAAGAAAUGGUGAUGAGAGAAGAAGAUGACGCGGCAAGAGCCCUUGCUGGUCUGGAACCGCCUUAUGAAGUGUUAGAAGAGUUUUGUCCCUUUGUUUCCAAGUUUGCUGACCACCUAAUCAACCCUGAUCUGUCCGAACAGGAAAGGAAAAGGAGAAAGGCAAAGAUGCUAAACGCAAACGUUUCCGACGUGUUAGGUAAAGUAGACGAAUUCCAACCACUUGGAAUGUACGAUGCUCGAGCAUCAGUGAAGGGCAACAACGUAGAAAGCAAAGACAUGCUCCAGUUUGAUCGUUUUGUAGGACUUGGAUUUUCUGAGCCCAUGAUAGAUACUAUCAAAACAAAAGCGCACAAAUUGGUUGCUGGUGGUCUUGUGACCAGAACCUUUUCUGGGGACGAAAGUCGUUCUGCGAAGAGUUUUUCCUCCAAUAAGCCCCACCUUGUGCAGCCCCACAAACAUUUUGGAUACCAAUGUGACGAUUCUUGUCUGCAAUACAAAGCAAAUAACGUGUGUGCACACACUGUGGCUGCAGCGCAGGACAAGAACAAAAUGGAAGAGCACACAACUAGGCCUCUUAAGACAAGUCCCAAAGGACGACUGGAGGCGUUGUGUACGGGCAAACCACAGGCCGGAAAGAAGAAAAGCCACAAACAAAAAAGAAAACGGAGACGAUCACCUGCACAGUCUUCAGAAGAGCCAACUCGCGCUUCAGUCUAUCUAUGGCGUGAGUCCUGUCACCCCUUUCUCAUCAUGCUUCCUGUGAGAGAAAACGUGAUUUAA